CAUGAAGAGGACGCUGCCGCUUUAUUGCUAUCGCGCUGUUUAUUAAACCGUUUUAACACCUGACCCGGUUUACAGCAGGAAAAGCUUCACACAAAGAUGUUCGGCGGACGCACUGGCUGCCAUUUUUAAUCUACCUGCAGGAAUCAUUUUAAAGGGAAACGAUUACCUGCAUGAGUGUUAAUAUUUUAAACAAUUCACGAUUGCAGUUUGAGCGGCUGUUGAGACUGCGCAUGCUUCAUGGGAUCGCAUUAAACUCAAGUCCUUAAAGAUGGCCAAAAUUGAGCGCCUUAAUGUUCGAGUGGAAAAGCUCCUGUCUAAAGUAGUACAGGAGGUUCUGGAUGUGGUGAAAGAAACUGUGUGCGAGUAUCAGGAGAAAACUGCCAGAACCCAGAGAGAGAAUCAGAGUCUGAAGAGGAGACUGCAGGAGCUGCAAGACAGAAUUAACCUGGAGAGCAAUGGAUUUGUGCCAGAAAUGUUUGCAUCCAUCCCAGCAGACAUGAAAGAGAAAGAAGAGGUGGUCAUCCCUGUUGAUAAAGACACUGAGUCAUUAGGUGCUUCCUGCUUUUCCCCUGACCGUGCAACAGAAAGCCUGGGAAAUCUGAAAACAAAGACACAUGAUGGACAGUCAGCCUCACUAUUAAACCACGAAAGACCCUUCAUUGCACCUCUGCAUUCUGAAAAUGACCAGAAAACGAAAGUAGAGCCUGCAUCAGAUAACGAUGGCUUGCGUAUUGUGAAUUAUUUUUAUUGCGAUCCAUCAACGAGCACUGCAGGACUCGGAGGUGAGUCUGCAGUUUUCUACAUUGAUUCAGAACGUGACGUACAGGAGCCAGCGAGACACAUCAGUGCAAACGAUGCCGGAGAAGAAAACCAAACCAACACAGAAGUGGGCUGCUCGUCCUCAGCAGAGAAACUGCAGAGAAACGUCCGAAAACACUACAGCUGCUCUCUCUGCGGUCGCACCUUCAGGCAUGCAGGUGACUAUAAGAAACACAACCGGGUGCACACAGGGGAGAGGCCGUACUGUUGCUCGGUGUGCGGCAAGCGCUUCAGCCAGUCGGGGUACCUCACAGUACACCUGCGCUACCACACAGGAGAGAAGCCGUUUGCCUGCAGCCAGUGCGGGAAAAGCUUCAGUCACUCAAGUAACUUAAAGAAGCACCAGCAGACUCAUCUGUGAAGGCUGGUGGGUUUUUCGAGGUCAGCUAAAAACAUAUAAAGAGGUUAAUGUGCCUUCUUCACAGAAUAGACUGCCUCUUAGGGAGCACUUGUGUUUUCCUGAGCUGCUGUUGUUGGUCAGAUUUUGUUUGUUCCAUUACUAGAUUUUGAAGCAUGGAGUCUGUAGUGUGUUUCUGUAUU